AUGCGAAUGGCAUACGUACGCAGUGAUGAAUUGAUUCAUAGUGCAACUUCCCCUUACACGUACGCUAGCCCGUCAAUCAAAAUGAAUGCAAUUACCACUGCUGUUCUCAACAAAUCAAAAGUCGAGGUCAGCCUAAUACGAAUCGAAGACGCAACAAAGGACUCCUUCGUCAUGUCCCUCAUGGGCCGCACAACCAAAAUCGGAGUCGUCACAGCGACGAUAUCGGCAAUGACGGUGGAUCUGGUGGGGCCAAAAGGAAUCUUUGGGCGCUUGGAUCUUCCUACCCACAAGAUGGGAUCCUUUGGAGGCGACAUCCGAGUCUUCAAGCAAGUCAUCCGCAUUCUUGACAUGGUCGCCUUCAAAGCGUUUGUUCAGUCCAUCUUGCAAGACGAGGAUCUGGUGCUUCGACUUGACAAUGGGCAGGCUGCUGUACGAGCUGUUGGCAUGACUGCGCACAUUGUCUACAGAAAAGACCUUCAUCUGAAGGGAUUGACGAGCUUGACAUCUACUCUGAUUCAGGUCAAGCCGUUCGGUAAUGAGUACGAGAGCACAUUUUGCCUGUACAACCCGUCUCCAUUCGAGAUUGAUCUUGGCACCGUCCUUUUUCAGGUGCAAGAUGAGCAUGGAAAAGUCAUUGCGGAACAAAAGGGGAGUACUUUUCUGAUGCGUGGAGGCGCAUGCUACUCGGUCGUGACUGGACAUAUAGCCGGAACGGUUUCGGAAGGAAAGGCAAGAUUUAUUGGAUUGGGUGUCGAAGGUGAUAGUUGGGUAAGGGAUAUUAUAGAUCUCGUCGACAUAAAAGCCACGAUCCCAAGUGUCUUCAGGGUGUGGCAUGCAUCAUGA